AUGAUCAUCACAGCAAACACUAUAAUACUUCUUGUUGUGUGCUUUGGAAUCCACAGAGCCGAGGUCUGUCAGGACAAAAGAUUCAACAUUCUGCAGAACAAGAACAACAAAGCGUAUCUCGACCCAUACAAGUUCCGGUCCUGGCCCAAGGACAGCGCCGGGAUGCAGAAUGCCGACAGCAUAUGCCCAAGGGGCUACACGUGCCUUCCCAACUACAUAGAGCCUCCAGUCGACAGGCCGAAAAAGCCCACGCCGCCUCCCCCCCAGGUGAAGAACUCCAAGUACCGUGCGAGCGCAUAUGCGCCAACAACCCCCCCGGGCGCAGGGUGCUUGGGCCUUGACGAGUAUGACGAGGUGGCAAUGCAGUCUUCGCAGACCCAGCUGUAUCUGGGCUCGUGCGAAGAGUGCACGGGCACCGCCCAGACAAAGCCCAAAAACGUAGCCAUGGUGUAUACCUCAUUCAACAGCCCCGAUGCAAAGUGGAAGCUUAUUCCUGUGGGCAAAAACUGCACUAUCAAGAACCUGGCCUCAGGCAUGUACCUUAGCGUGUGCAAGGACUGCGGGCCCUCCACCUUCAACAUGCCUUUGGCUGCGCUUUUUAGAGAGACCAUCGACAAAAACACAAACGACGAAAUGUGGAUUGUGACCAGAAAGAUAAAUGGAACGUAUGUUUUCAAGUCUGCCAGCACUGGCGGAUACUUGGGGGUCUGCGAAAAGUGCUUUGCCCAAAGCAGCACAAUCAGCUCCCCUGCCUCUGUAUUUACUACAUCACCCGAUGCCAGCUUCAUUGCCUGGUCUAUAAAUAUAGAUGCCAAAACCGGAAAAUACUCAUAA